AUGUCUACUGAUGUUGGAUUCCUAGACGAGCUCAUGACCAUGUGCAGUGCGUUCUUUAGCACUGUGAGUAACUGGUUUCCCAUCAUCAGCAAAAAGAGACUGUUGCCGAGGGCGGAGAGUCUCAAGACCGAGUCCGAUGCCAGCACCGCCCUGCUGCUCCUGUGUAUGAAGCUCGCCACGCAGCUUCUGUCUGAGACUGAAGAUGCACGAUCCCUGUUGUACUGGACCUGUCGACAAUUUUUCGCUCGGAUUGAGAACACGCCACUCCUGUCCCUGGCUCUACUUCAAGCCAAGCUGUUGAUUGCUCUGUAUGAGAUAGGUCAUGGCAUCUAUCCCGCAGGCUACCUCUCCAUCGGUCAUGCGGCCAGGCUUGGCCAUAUUAUGGGCCUCCAGGACCGGAAAAACGCUCCUCAACUGUUCCGGGCUGCUCCAACGUUGACAGGAAGAGAAGAAGAGAGGCGAACUUGGUGGGCUGUCGUGGUGCUUGACCGGAUCGUCAAUCUUGGUAUGUACGGCGGGUCUUUAGCAACAGGAGAGCCUCUGAACAAUGAGCUGCUACCGUGCAACGACGAUCUCUGGGAGCAAGGCGCAAUCAGCGGGAACGGCCUAGUCUUUGGUCCGAAUCUCGAGAGCACCGACGUCGGGCGCUAUGCCCAGAUCUGCCAGGCAGCUCAUGUCCUGGGUCGAGUGCAGAGGCAUUGCGCAGACCAUCAGCUUGACACGUCAUUUCGGUUGAGGGAGGCCAUGCAACUCGACCGUGCGCUCCUCGCCCUGGAUGCCACAAUCCAGAAAACCACGACGCCUCCGCAAAUGCACUAUUCUGACGACGCCAUUGCCAUCUGCUGCAGUGCGCGUUUCUUGCUAUACGAGCUAUACGCAUGCAACGAAAGCGGCGACAACUUCAUGUUCCCGACGGGCGACGAGGCCGAUAUGCAGAAGCUUGCUCUCGCUGGGCUGGAGCAAUGCGUCGAACGGAUGUAUCAUGUUGCCCUGCGAGUCUGCCGAGAUUUGUCGGUGAGCUUCCAUCCUGGAAGCAUGCUGGUCACACACGCGCUAUACUGGGCUGCAGCGGAGUGUCGGUGGUACAUCAAGGAGGGUAAACAAGAGGCGGUGAUCGUCUCUGAAACUAUUCUUGAUGCCUUGAAGAUCUUGAAUAGGCGUUGGCGCCGUGCGGGUGACUAUAUCAGACUGCUGGAACGGGAGGAGAUGCUGUCGGAAUAG